AUGGCGGAUCAGCUCAACAUGGGUGGCCUCAACCUUGGCCCCGACGGCCAGCAGCAGCAGCAGCAGCAGCAGCAGCAGGGUGGUGCCCCGGGCGGUCGCUCCUACAUUCCUCCCCACAUGCGUAAGCGUCAGGGUGCUCCUGCUGCGGCUCCUGCUCCUGCUCCUGCUCCCGCUCCCGCUGCCAACGGUGCUCCGGCUGGUGCCCCCGCUGGUGCCCCCGCUGGUGCCCCCGCUGGUGCUCCCGGUCCCAACGGUCUGGGCAACAGCAACUGGGCCAACAACAGACUGUAUGACGACAUCCCUGUCGAGGCCUCUGGCCGUGACGUCCCUGGACCCGUCAACCAGUUCACCAGCCCUCCUCUGGACGAGCACCUCAUCCGCAACAUUGAGAUGGCCCACUACAAGGUCCCCACGCCUGUUCAGAAGCACUCGAUUCCCAUCGUUACUGGUGGCCGUGAUCUGAUGGCCUGCGCCCAGACUGGUUCCGGAAAGACGGGUGGUUUCCUCUUCCCCAUCCUCUCCCAGGCCUUCACCAACGGCCCCUCUACCCUCCCCCCCAAUGCCGAGGGCAGCUUCGGUCGCCAGCGCAAGGCUUUCCCCACCUCCCUGAUCCUGGCUCCCACCCGUGAGCUGGUGUCUCAGAUCUAUGAGGAGUCGCGCAAGUUUGCCUACCGCUCUUGGGUCCGCCCCUGCGUCGUCUAUGGUGGUGCCGACAUUGGCUCCCAGCUCCGCCAGAUUGAGCGUGGCUGCGACCUGCUCGUCGCCACCCCCGGCCGUCUCGUCGACCUUCUUGAGCGUGGCCGUAUCUCGCUCUGCAACAUCAAGUACCUUGUUCUCGACGAGGCCGACCGCAUGCUCGACAUGGGUUUCGAGCCCCAAAUUCGCCGCAUCGUCGAGGGUGAGGACAUGCCCUCCGUUGCCGACCGCCAGACUCUCAUGUUCUCGGCCACCUUCCCCCGCGACAUCCAGAUGCUCGCCAGGGACUUCCUCAAGGACUACAUCUUCCUCUCGGUUGGACGUGUCGGCUCGACCUCGGAGAACAUUACUCAGCGUGUCGAGUACGUCGAGGACGUUGACAAGCGCUCUGUUCUUCUCGACAUCCUGCACACCCACGGUGCCGGCCUCACCCUGAUCUUCGUCGAGACGAAGCGCAUGGCCGACUCUCUGUCCGACUUCCUCAUCAACCAGAACAUCCCGGCCACCUCUAUCCACGGUGACCGCACCCAGCGUGAGCGUGAGCGUGCCCUCGAGUACUUCCGUAACGGACGAUGCCCUAUCCUCGUCGCCACCGCUGUUGCUGCCCGUGGUCUCGAUAUCCCCAACGUCACGCACGUCGUCAACUACGACCUCCCCACUGACAUUGACGACUACGUCCACCGCAUCGGUCGUACCGGUCGUGCUGGAAACACUGGUAUCGCCACUGCUUUCUUCAACCGUGGCAACCGCGGUGUCGUCAGGGAGCUUCUCGAGCUUCUCAAGGAGGCCAACCAGGAGAUACCCUCAUUCCUCGACACCGUUGCCCGCGAGUCGUCAUUUGGCGGCGGUGGCGGUCGUGGCGGCCGCUCUCGCGGCGGCGGCGGCCGUGGUUCCGGUGCCAGUCGUGACUUCCGCAAGUACGGAGGUGGGGGCUUCAACGGCGGCGGCGGCGGCGGCGGCGGCGGCAACAACUACGGUGGCCCCCCUGCUCCCAGCUACGGUGGCGGCGGCGGCUUUGGCGGUCCCCAGGGAGGAUCCGGCUACGGCGGCGGCGGCGGCGGUGGUGGUUUCGGCGGCGGCGGUUACGGCAACCCCGGCGGCUCCGGUGGCCAGUCUUGGUGGUAG